AUGCCUGAACCGGCUAAGUCUGCUCUUGCCCCGAAGAAGGGUUCCAAGAAGGCGGUGACCAAAGCCCAGAAGAAAGACGGUAAAAAGCGCAAGCGCAGCCGCAAGGAGAGUUAUUCCGUGUACGUGUACAAGGUGCUGAAGCAGGUCCACCCGGACACCGGCAUCUCGUCCAAGGCCAUGGGUAUCAUGAAUUCGUUUGUCAAUGAUAUCUUCGAGCGCAUUGCGGGCGAGGCGUCGCGCCUGGCGCAUUAUAACAAGCGCUCGACCAUCACGUCCAGGGAGAUCCAGACGGCCGUGCGCCUGCUGCUGCCCGGGGAGCUGGCCAAGCACGCCGUGUCUGAGGGCACCAAGGCUGUCACCAAGUACACCAGCUCCAAGUAAAUGUUUAUAGGUGCUGUUAAAACAAAGGCUCUUUUCAGAGC